AGAGACAGAGAGAGAGAGAGAGAAAGAGAGAGAGAGAGUGAUUGUGAGAGAAAGAGAGAGAGAUAGAGAGAGACAGAGAGAGUGUGAGAGAAAGAGAGAGAGAUAGAGAGAGACAGAGAGAGAGAGAGAGAGAGAGAGAGAGAGAAAGAGAGAGAGAGAGCUGUGUGCUUCACGACAUGACUUCGUGGAGUAUAUGAGAAUAUGAAGACUUCUGCUCUCUCUUACUUGACGUCAUAGAAUUAGUUGAGCAGUCUUCUGUACGGACAAACUCUCUUGAGUGGCUGAGGGACAUCCAAAGAUAAAGAUGGAUAAGCAUGACGCGUGUCCUCUCAUGUAAGCUGAUGUAAGUUCAUGGCCUCUGAUGGGUCUCCGGUCAGAGAUGCUCGUGAGAAGAAGAAGAAGAGGAAAGCAGGUGAGAGCAGAACAGAUGAAACAGACGCACAGGUGGAGAUUCAGAGACUCACUGAAGACGGACACGCAGCGCUGCAAACUGGAGACAAAGCUGCAGCUCUGCAGUGCUUCAAGAACGCAUUAAAAGCUGCCACAAAGCUGAGAGAGAGCAGACUUCAGAGGACGUGUGCGUUUAAUCUGGGCGCAGCGUAUGUUGAGGCAGGUCGACCUCAGAAGGGUCUGGAUCUCCUGUCUCGCUCUCAGUCAGGUGAGAGAGGCGAGCGGAUAGCUGACCUUCAGCAUAAUCUGGCGACGGCUCAUGAAGCGCUGGGGGAUCACACCCGGGCCGUCCGGCACUAUCUCCAGGCCGCACAGCUGUACCGCUCGCAGGGAGACGCGUAUGCAGAGGGAGACACCUGCGUCAGACUCGCUCGAUGCCACCUGAAGAGACAGGAGGGGAACGAGGCGGCAGACGCUUUCAAACGGGCCGCUGAGAGUUACAAACUAGUGGGAAGCACAUCAGCAGCUGCGCUGGCCCUGAAGGAUGCUGGGAAACACAUGCUGAAGAGCGGCCGCUGCGAGCCUGAUGACAUCAUCACCGUGUUGACGGACAGUCUGGAGAUGAGCACCAGCAUCACGGAUCAGGAGACGCUGGGGAUGCUGUUGAAUGACGUGGGUUUGAGUUUUACUCAGCUCAGGUUGUUUUCUGAAGCAGCUGAAUGUUAUGAACAGGCUCUUCCUCUGGUCACUUCUAAACCUCACAGACUGGCUGUAGUUCUGCAGAAUCUGGGGGCCGUUCACAAUACUUUGGGUCAGUUUGAGGAGGCUCUGAGAUACCACAGAGAAGCAGCGGCGUUACACGGCUCUCUUGGCAGUCGAGGAGCACAGGGGCGGUGUUUCAGUAAUCUGGGUUUUGCUCUUGUUGAACUGGGUGAACUGGAGGAGGCGUGGGAGAGUUUUCUACACGCUCAACAGGCCUUCAGAGACGCAGAUGACCCGUCUGGUCAGUGGCAGGUCUGUGAGGGUCUCGGUGGGAUCAAACUACAGAUGAGAGACCCAGAGAAAGCCACUAACUAUUAUAAAGACGCUUUACGACUGUUGUGCCAGUGUCAGGAGGUGUCCAGUUCAAUCCAGGAACGGCUGGUCAGUAAACUGAGUGAAGGUUUACAGCAGAAACUUCUACUGCAGCAGACAAGACCCUCAAUACAACGAGAGCGACGUCAGCCACGGGUGACAGCGGUGAGGUCUGACAUGAAGCAGGACAGGAGAGAGACACUGGAGAAACGCACACAUGGAGGAAACUCACACAAGGCAUCUGAAGACAGGAAGCCUACCAAUGAAGUGAUGAUGUCAUCAGACUCCCACCUGAAUGAAGAACACACAGCAGAAACACAUGACCUUACUGCACUGCCAGAGGCCAACAGGAAUCUGAACAACAUGUAUGAAAAACCUGCCAUACAGCAGCACAUCGUCUCUGUGCAAUCCUCAGCUCACAUUGAAUCAUCUUCUGAAGCUGUAAUGUUGAAGUCAGAGCAGACGAACGGUGGCCAGCCUUCCAUCAGGAGUGAAGUGACUCCGCCUUCUAAUCAGCCUGACAGUGAUGAGGCCACGCCCCUCACGAGAAGACUCACCUCCAGAUUCUGCACAGUCAUGUGAUUGUCCCGCUACACAUCAGCACAUGACAUCAGAGUAUCGCCAGCGACGCAUCAAGUCAAACACAACACAUGUAAUGUCUCUUUGUGAAGGAGGAAGUACAGCGGUCAUUCAGACUACAAACACGAACAUUUAAGAUGUGCUAUGAAUGAUCUCUAAACACAACAUCAAAUAAAC